AUGUCGGGGAUUGACAUCGAACAUGUGCUCUCGGAGCUAUCCCUAAACGAGAAGGUCUCAUUACUUUCAGGUAUUGAUGGCUGGCAUACAUCUGCAAUUCCGAGACUCGGUAUCCCUUCAAUUCGCAUGUCAGACGGGCCAAAUGGUGUUCGAGGCACCCGCUUUUUCAACGGGGUUCCUUCAGCCUGUUUACCCUGUGCCACAGCACUAGGCGCUUCUUUCGACACAGAUCUCAUAUUCUCCCUGGGAAAGCUUCUUGGGCUAGAAUGCAAGGCAAAGGGGGCCCAUGUCCUUCUAGGACCGACAAUUAAUAUCCAGCGAAGCCCGCUGGGAGGUCGUGGGUUCGAAUCGUUCUCAGAAGAUCCUGUACUCUCAGGAUCCUUGGCUACCAGUUAUUGCUUGGGUGUACAGACCGAGAAUGUGAUUCCGACACCCAAGCAUCUUGUGUGCAACGAUCAGGAGCAUGAGCGUGUUGCUGUCAACGCGCUUGUCACUGAGCGUGCUCUGCGCGAGAUAUAUCUACUUCCAUUUCAGCUGGUCAUCACGGGCGCCAAUCCUCAGGCUCUUAUGACAUCUUACAACAAAGUCAACGGAUGUCAUGCCAGCGAGAGCCCUGCGCUGCUUCGAGAUGUCGUUCGGAAGGAAUGGAACUAUAAUGGCCUGAUCAUGAGCGAUUGUGUGUCGGAGGCUGUCAAUGCCGGGCUGGAUCUUGAAAUGCCUGGCCCAUCUCGAUUUUGGGGGCCAGGUUUGGUACAUGCCGUUACAUCUAACAAAGUCUCGGAGAGGACUAUUGACGAUCGGGUUCAAAGUGUUUUAGAGCUAGUGAAACAAACGGCAAGCUCUGGAAUCCCUGAAAGUGCAGCUGAAGCUCAGCGCAAUCUGCCCGAAGAUAGAGCAUUGCUCCAUUCUCCCUUGGAUUCGACCAAAAAGACUCUCGUGAUUGGUCCGAAUGCCAACAUCGCGGCAUACUGCGGUGGAGGCUCUGCCGCUCUUCCUGGGUAUUAUGCCAUUACACCCUUAGAAGGAAUCAGAAACUGCUGCACUGGGGGGGUGGUCUUUAGACAGGGAUUGUAUGGCCACAAAGAGCUGCCACUUCUAGGUGAACAAUUGAAAACCAAAGAUGGUCGCCCUGGGUAUACAUUUAAAGUGUUUACGGACCCAUCCUCCAACAAAAGCAGAAAGGCAGUAGAUGUCCUUCACAUGAAGAGCAGCUCCGCUUUUUUGAUGGACUACAAGCAUCCGGAAGUCCAGUCCGACCUUUACUAUAUUACUAUGGACGGAAUCUUCGAGCCCGUGGAAAGUGGGAUGUAUGACUUUGGACUUACGGUAGCGGGUACCGGGGAACUCUUCAUUGAUGGCGAGAAGAUAGUCGACAACAAGACCAAUCAGCGACAGGGAACGUCAUUCUUUGGCAUCGGGACUCCCGAAGAACGUGGCUCAAAGUACCUCGAAGCACAUAAACGGUACCAUAUUAUGGUCGACUACGGCACUGCACCAACUUCAAAUCUGAAGUUGCACGGAGUUGUUUCGUUUGGACCCGGUGGACUGCGAGUGGGAGGAUGUAAGCGCAUCGAUAAAGAACGUGCCAUUCAAGAGGCCGUUGAUCUUGCAGCUACAUUUGACCAAGUCGUUGUAUGUGUUGGACUGAGUGGAGAAUGGGAAAGCGAAGGAUUCGACCGUCCACACAUGAAUCUGCCACCGAUGUCAGAUCAGCUGGUUCAAAGAGUUCUCGAUGUCCAACCAAAUGCUGCGGUUGUUGUGCAGAGUGGAACUCCUGUGACAAUGCCUUGGGCUCGCGACGCAAAGGCCCUUCUUCAUGCAUGGUAUGGUGGGAACGAAACGGGACAUGGCAUUGCGGAUGUCAUCUUCGGGAAUGUGAAUCCGUCUGGCAAACUUCCUCUCAGCUUUCCGGAGUUUAUCGAGCAAAACCCGGCAUAUCUUUCAUAUCGAUCAGAAGCAGGGAGAGUGCUGUAUAGCGAGGAUAUAUACGUUGGUUACCGCUACUACGAAAAGGUCAAAGUGAAGCCUCUCUUCGCCUUCGGUUAUGGUCUCUCAUAUACAGUAUUCCGUCUCUCGGGACUAGCUGCUUCGCAACCAUUAGAGGAACGCGACAACAUCAAGGAAGAAGUGUUGGAGGUUUCAGUCUCAGUGGAGAAUAUUGGACCUCGUCAUGGUGCAGAGAUUGUCCAAGUGUACAUUUCCCCACCUAAAUACGCCAGCAUUUCCCGCCCUGUGAAGGAACUCAAGGGGUUUAAAAAGGUGAAACUGCAACAAGGUGAGAAAAGUGAAGUCAUGAUUGUUAUCCCAAUUGCUCUGGCUACCAGCUUCUGGGAUGAGAGAUCGUCUGCCUGGCUAAGUGAAGCAGGAGAGUACACAGUCACUGUUGUUGGGACGGGUGAGCAGAAUGUACUCUCGACAGGGUUUGUGAUUUCCCGGACUCGAGGGUGGAAUGGCUUGUGCGAACCUGACAUUACUGAUGUAUCCCGGCACGUCAAUGGGAAUGGAAAGUAG